UCGACCGUUAGCAAGAACGGAAAGGGCGGCAUCUAUCUAUAUCCCGAUGAGCCUACGCUCCCUCUCUCUCGCCCCAUCUCCCCGUCUCCUUCUAAACCCUAUUCCUGCCCCGAGAUCUCAUUCCCUCUGUUCCUCUGGAUUCCCGCGAACCGGGUCUUCCCAGCUUGGCCGGUGGUUCAGGAGGUGUUCCUCUUCCUCCGUGUCGGGUUCAUCGUCCUCUUUGGAUCUCCCGCUCCUUCCCUUCCAGAUGAAUGAGGUUUUAAUUCCAUCAGAGAGCAAGACUUUGCAUUUAUAUGAAGCAAGGUAUUUGGCACUGUUGGAAGAGUCACUCUCUAGAAAGAAGCUGUUUGUGCACUUUGUGUUGGAUCCAGUUCUUUCCAGUAUAUCUUCAAGUGGAGCAUCCUAUGCUGCUAGAUAUGGUUGUUUGGUUGCCAUAGAGAGUGUUAAGCGUUUGGAGAUUGGGGCACUGGUUUCUAUUAGGGGCAUUAGUCGUGUUAACAUCAUAGAACUUAUGCAGAUGGAACCUUACUUGAGAGGACUUGUUGUGCCAAUGCUGGACAAUGUUUCUGGCCAAGAAAAAGAACUUGAACAGAAACUCUUGGAACUGACUGAGUACCUUGUUAGUCUACAUAACCUGCAAAUCAAACUGAAGAUUCAGGCAUCCAAAGAAGAACUGCUGCAAACCCGUACCACGAAUUCUAUGGCAUGGGCACAAAGAGAAGGUUUUGGAGACUGUGAUCAAGCUUUCAUUCCAAAACUAGCUGAACGAAUAUCUUUUGCUGGACUACAACCAGUAUCAGGAAUGACGGGCUCAGAGUUGCUUGCUUUGCAAAAAGAGAAACUGCGUGCAAUGGACUUAAGAGAUACUUUGAAAAGAGUUGAUUAUGGUAUUCAGUUCACUAACAAAAGCAUUAGUAUGGUUGCAGCGAAGCUUGCCAUUCAAUCUUUGGAAACAUAGACAUCACCGUAGUUCCCAUACAAUUGACGGGCUGGAGUUACUGCUCUAUUGGUGCUAUUAUGUCAUACAAGUAGUGCAAGCCUUUUGAUUGGACAGAUUAUUAUCACUCAUGCUUGAACAACUGUUGAUGAAACAAAAGGAUCAGCUGGAAACUAGUCUUCUCUGAACAAAACAUGGACAUGGGCAAGAAUCAUAGGCUCUCGGUUUCAUCGGUGCACAGAAGCUAUCUUCUGAAGUUUUUGUCUGUAUAAAAUGUGAUUUACAGCUGCUUUUCCUUCUAACUAUAGAGGGGAAAAGAAUUAAAACAACUACAGCGUGCUCAAGGAUUGAUAUUAACCAAAUCAGAAAUUUUCAGCUAGUUUCAAGAAUGUUUCAGAGGAAAAGAGUUGUAUCUGCAGCUCAGGUGGUGAUGGUAUUUCUGACCUAAAACUUCAUCUACCCCAUUCCCAUUGCUAUGGAUCUGAACUAAAUGUAGCACUUAAUUGAAUAUGACUUUUCACUUUUCAUGUUGUCCAAUGUAUUCUCACAUGCUAUUUUUAUUCCACUGUUGAAACCUGUAGAACUGUAUAAAAUUUGUUGGCCCUUGGUUGUUCA